AUGACGUACAAAAUAAGUAGGGGCAAACGUCAGCGAGGCGACCAGCGACACGAGAUGGCAAGUGCUACCUGUCUCCAGUUUAGUGUGUUAGUGAGCUUACAACAAGACGACGAUGUUCAGUACGUCAAUGUGAAAUCUGUCAAGGGUGGCCACAGAGGCUACCAUUACAACCCCGGAGCGAACUACCCGAAUUUUGGCAGCUAUGGCUUGCGACAGAACAUAACACAAUACGGCUAUGGUUCGCAGAACGCUUCCUUCCACGGUGUCUAUAACGCAUCGCGUCAAAUCGACUUCGAAGUUGGAGUGUGCUACAUUGAAGUACCGACAGUAAAUUUAGUGCGUGACCCUUCACACGUGCCCGCUGGUAAUGGGUCGAGACCUGAUCUCAGUCGCAUCAGAACAUGCUGUAAAGGAUACAUAAGGAACAUAUACAAUUUCAAAAUCUGUGAUCCAGUUUGCACUAAAGAGUGCGUGAACGCCCUCUGCUCCGCCCCAGAUACUUGUACUUGUUUCCCUGAUCACGUCAAAAAUUUGGCCGGUUAUUGUGUACCAACCUGCCCUAUUGGAUGUCAGAAUGGACAUUGUAGUGGUGGCGAAUGUCUGUGUAAAGAGGGCUUUAAACUAGAUUCGGAGAGCAAGUUCUGCAUACCUAUCUGCAAGGAGAAUUGUGGUGGAUUAGGAAAUUGUACAGAUUCUAAUAUUUGUACGUGUAAGGAAGGAUAUCAAUCGACUGCUGAUGGAAAUUGUAAGCCAGUGUGUAAUCAGUGCAUCAACGGAGACUGUAUCGCACCUAAUGUCUGUAACUGUCGACCAGGAUAUAGCAAAAAUCAGCAAGGCCAAUGCAUACCUCAAUGCCCUAGGGGAUGCGAACCAAAUGGAAGAUGCGUCUCUCCAAAUAUUUGUGAAUAUCCAAGCACAAUAAGACCAACAACUCAACGUCACACUUACCCUGCUAGUCCACCUAAUCGGGCUAUAUACUCUGGUGGUGUAACACCUAGAGGAGAUAUUAGUCAAGAAGAAAAGCAACCUGGUAACCUUAAUAUAACUAAUGGUACCUUUACUCAAGAUGUGCCCAGAAAACCAAUUUAUCCUGGAAACCAAAUAUAUCCAGGAUAUCAAGGCUAUCCAGGUAAUCCAGUGUAUCCAGGAAAUCAGGUGAAUCCUGGUAACACUCAACGUUACCCUGGGAACCAAAUAUACCCUGAUCUUCAAUCACUGCCUGGACAACAAAUAUACCCUGGACAACAACUAUAUCCUGGCCAACAAACAAAUCCUGGACAUCAAGUGUACCCUGGUCAGCAAGGGUAUCCUGGAAACCAAGUUUAUCCUGGAAACCAAGUUAAGCCUGGGGACCAAAUUAAUCCCGGAAAUCAAGGAUAUCCUGGAAACCAGGUAUACCCAGGAAAUCAAAUGUACCCUGGAUACCCGGGAUAUCAAGUGAAUCCUGGCUAUCAAAUUUACCUCGGCAGCCAUGGUUAUGGCAAUAGAGGCCAAUAUGGCUAUCACAGUCAAUUUGACGAACAAAAUGGACAUGAAAUAUCAGAAGCCCAAGGGCAAACUGGUAGCUUCGACGUUCAAUUUGCUCAACAACAGUCGACGCAGUGCUCGCAACAAUGUCUUAACGGUGCUUGCAUUGGAGCUGAUACUUGCCAAUGUAACCCUGGAUAUGUGGCUGAUGCUACCAAUCCAUUCAGGUGUUUACCUAAUUGUCCUGGGGGCUGUCCUAACGGAGUUUGCUCUGCACCCAACUUCUGCAUCUGCAACGUUGGUUAUUACAAGGACACCAGCGUGAAAGGUCGACCAGCUUGUGUGAAACGUAUUCGAAGAUCUGUUGAUAGCAAGGAAGAGCUGGAUGUAUCUAAACUUCUCAUCAUCGACAUACCUGAUUACUAAGCAAAGAUUUCAGUCAUAGAUGAUAGAUAUUUAUGAUGUUGUACACUUGAACCAAUAAAAUUAUAUAUGAUUA